AUGGCAGACACCACAGCAUACGGCUUAGCCGGUCUAUGGCCAUGCUACAGCUGUUGCCGGGAAUUCUGGAUACCCUCUCUCGCCAACUUUGGACCGCACUGUCUUGGCAUCGUUGGCCACAUUCCCGUGUGGAUCUCACUCUUGGUUUUUGUGCUUCACUAUGCAUUGAUUUGGUUCGAUCGAUGGCGCCCCAUCUGGUUACGAAACUUCACGGCAGAGGACGACGAGGCCAGGUUUCAAACUCACGAUCAAGAAGCCAGCGCCAACCAUGACGAAAGCUUCGAAGAUACUCCGCUACUGCCGUGUCGACGACCGAUUGUGUUUUCUCGUAAGAAGAUAUGGACACGCUGGACAUUAUGUCUGCUGGGUCUCAAUCUCACUGGUGCCGUCAUCAGCAUAUUUGGUGCUGCCAUGGCCCAUCAAAACCCCACUGAAAUCCAGCUACAUCUCAUACCUCUCAUCCCCAAUAUACUAUCGGCAUUACUCAUUCUCGUUGAUCGCCCCAGGACUGUUCGAAGGUCGCUCUUUAUCAUCGCCGCCACGCUUCUCUCCGUCCAACUCACAGUAACCACGCUUGCUCCAGACACCAUCGGAACGACAUGGAAUUGCUUUGGAACCUGGGCCGGGGGUAGUUGCGUAACUCUAGCAUCCAUCAUCGUCAUGCUCAACAUGCCACUGCGAGAUCCGCUGUUGAGUAGCUCCAAGAUUGGCAAGCCUUUUGCUAAGCCGGAUUCCAGUGUACGAAGCCCUGAAGACAUAGUCACUCUUUGGCAGUGGAUGUCUGUGUCCUGGAUGGCACCCCUGAUAUCUACUGCCUGCAGGAGGCAGUUGCAGGAUAAAGACGUGUGGCUUCUGGCAUCCGACUUCCAGCACCAGCAACUGCAUCUCCUUUUUCGAGACUUGACUGGCACUGUACUCGUUAGGUUGCUCAAGGCGAAUGGUCUUGAUUUCAUCCUGACAAUAUGCCUCGGAACACUCGAGACAUUGGCUGAAUUGUCAGAACCCAUUCUACUCAAGCAGCUUCUCAAUGCACUCGUGUCCGAAAUUCCCGCCAUCCGGGCAGCCAUCGUCUAUGCCAGCCUCCUUCUUAUCGCAAGACUUCUCAAGGCUCAAUCUGGCGUCUUCAGAAUAUGGUAUGAACGACGCAACUACGAGCGGUCGCGCGGCGAAAUGAUCACCAUGAUUCACGACAAGACAUUGCGCCGGAAGGCCUUCACUAUCGCGACGGAAGUGUCCACGCCAAGCUCGCAGACUACUACCUUGUUGGGGGAAGAAGAUGAUACCCUGGAUGAUAUUAACAACGAGGACGUUAAACCUUCUCGACUCCGGAGUCUCAAGUCUUGGGCUAGGGGGAUGUAUCAGGCCUCAAAACAAAAACCCGUAGCCCCACCCCAAAGAGAAAAGGAGGCGCCUGCAUCAACUGGAAAAAUCCUCAACCUCCUUCGCGGUGACGUGUAUGAGGUGGCCCAAAGAUUUUGGGAGGUAUCAGCACUCGUCACAAAGCCACUCAGUGUCAUUAUAUCCAUCGUUCUUCUGUGGAAGAUCUUAGGGUCUGCCUCAUUGUUCGGCAUACUUGUCAUCGGCUUCGGCAUGGUUGUGAACUAUUUUAUGAUGGGCUUGCUAGAAAGGGUAGAGCAAGAGCGCCGUGCUACAACCGACGUCAAGCUCGAGCGCACCAGUCAGUUUGUGGAAUCACUCCGUCAUCUUCGCUGGUACGAUUGGCAGGACCGAUGGCUUGGGCAUAUUAUGGAAACUCGACAGAAAGAGUUGUUCCAACGCAUCAAAAGCAAUGUUGUCAGCAGAGGCAUCAACAUCAUCAACAACAUUACCUCCUACAUGUUUCCUGUUGUUGGGUUCGCGGCAUAUACGCUUAUUCUGCGCAAGCCUCUAACAGUCGACAUUGCCUUCCCAGCUCUUGGUCUAUUCACCAUGUUGCAGAACAACCUCCGCGACCUGCCUCCACUCUACACAGCUCUGAUCAACGCCAGAGUUGCCAUGCGUCGCAUCGAGGAUUUUAUGUUGGAGCCAGACAAGGACGACAACGAAGAUGACGAAACAGCCGCCCCUGUCUUCCACCAGGGUAAUCUGGAGAUUUCUGUCCGGGAUGCAUCUUUCUCGUGGCCAGGCUCUGAUACAACAGUGCUCGAUAACGUCUCCUUUGUUUGUGAGCCCGGUUUAACCUUGGUCUGUGGUAAGGUUGGCAUUGGCAAGACGGCAUUACUGCAAGCUAUCUUGGGCGAGCUCGAUCAGCAUUCUGGUGAGAGGAGUGUCCCUGUCGAGAUGAUUGGAUACUGUGCUCAAAUGCCAUGGCUUGAGAGCAUGAGUAUCCGUGAAAACAUCUUAUUCAGUACCCCCUUUGACGAGACGCGGUACUGGCAGGUCCUCAGGGCAUGUUGCCUUGUGGAAGACCUCAGACAGUUCAAGGGAGGAGAUAGAUCCCUUAUUGGAGAAAAUGGUGUUGGACUGUCUGGGGGACAACGAGCUCGUGUGGCUCUGGCCCGGGCUGUUUAUAGCAGGAGUCGGAUUCUACUUCUCGAUGACCCUAUUGCCGCUCUUGACCACCAAACUGCCGAAACCAUCACGCGCAACCUCUUUGCCGACAAAAAUUCGCCACUGACUGCGGGCCGGUUGAUCGUACUGGUUACUCACCGCGUUGAUAUUGUUAAGCAAUAUGCCUAUCAAGUUCUGGAUAUUGUGUCUGGUGGACAAGUAAAGACUUUUAACAGAAGGGAGAUUGCGGAACACGAGAAGGAACUGGAAGCACCGGCCGCUACAGCACCGGAGAGCUCACCAAGCGCCGAAUCUUCUACCAGCCAAAAUACCGAGGCUUCCUCGUCCGAUGAAGAGGCCGAGAUGGCUACGGCGGUUGGAAAGUUUAUCCAGGAAGAACACAGGGUCCAUGGUGGUGUUAUGGCCACCGUAUACUGGCAAUAUGUCAAGGCUGGUAAACUCUCCUGGUGGGCCACGAUGGUUACGCUCUGUCUACUCAUCCGGUUGACCAACCUCGGCUAUAACUGGUUUUUAAAGGAAUGGGGCGAACAAUAUCGGAAGUCAACCGAGCUCGAUCACCGAUUACAAGCUUUCAUCUCCCACUCUGGCUUUAAGACCGACGGCAUCAUUGAGCCUGGCCGACAGCUUCCUCCACCUGCAGAGAACGUACGGCCUUGGCUUAUCUGCCUAGCCAUCAUUGCGUUGGUUCAGGUCAUGUUCGAAGCUCUGUCCGAUGUUGCCCUCAUCGCCAUCAUCUACAAUGCUGGAAAAUCCCUCUUCGCCAAGGCCAUGCGCUGUGUCACGAAUGCCACAUUCCGCUUCUACGAUGUGACACCUGUUGGCCGGCUCAUGAAUCGUCUUACCUCCGACAUUGGCACGAUUGACGGGCAGAUUGCGGUCCAGGUGUUAACCCUAGCGUUCUAUUCUCUGGGCUGGAUGACCUCGAUGUUCGUGAUAGCAACAGCAACACCGGUCUUCAUUGUGCUCAGCAUUGGCAUGACCGCGUUAUUCGUCUAUAUGUAUAAUCUGUACCUACCAGCAUCCCAGGACUUGCGUCGUCUGGAAAUGGUCUCCCUAUCGCCGCUUUUGUCAAAUUUCGGCACGCUUCUCGAAGGCUUGACCACGGUACGUGCCUUCCGCGCAGAACCACAUUUUCAGAAUCGCAUCAUCGCCACAACCGAUGAUUUCCAGAAGAUGGACCACAUCUACUGGUCACUGCAGGCCUGGUUACAAUACCGCUUCGAUCUUGUAUCAGGCUUCUCUGUCUACGCCCUGACCCUGACAGCCAUUUUCCACGGGUUAUCCAGCGGCAUGGUCGGCUUCGUACUAGCUGCCGCUGCCAACUUUGUGGAGAGCACGCAUCAAGUCUGCCGUCGUUAUGGAGACAUGCAAAUGCAAUUUGUUAGCGUCGAGCGCAUCAUCGAGCUUCUUGGCCUCGAACAGGAGCAAGAAAACACUGACAACCCCCCUCCAGCUGGUUGGCCUUCUUAUACCGAUGACAUCGUCUUCGACAAGGUGACGUUGCGUUACGCACCAGAGUUCGACCCCGUUCUGAUGGACGUGAGCUUGGUCAUUCCCGGCGGCUCGACUGUGGCGGUGAUAGGUAGGACUGGCUCCGGCAAGAGCACGCUCGCAUAUGCCCUGCUCAGCACGAUCCAGCCUGAUGCGGGUACAGGCGGUCAGAUCCGCAUAGGUUCCGUUGACAUCGCCAAAGUGGACAAGCACAUACUGCGUCGACACAUAACCUUUGUGGCGCAGGAUCCGGUCCUUUUUGCCGGUACGCUAAGGGAUAAUCUCGACCCCUUAGACGAGCACAGUGAGGACGAGCGGGCCCAUGUCUUAAAGACGGUCCUGGACAACGGCUUUACGCUUGACACCAGAGUCGACGGCGGGGGCAAGAACCUCAGCCAGGGCCAACGCCAACUGGUGGGGCUAGGCAGGGCAAUCCUGCGAAGGAGUGCUAUUGUGAUCAUGGACGAGGCGACGGCGUCGAUUGACGUGGAGACGGCAGCGUAUAUUCACCAGCUGCUGAGGAGAGAGCUGAGGUACAGCACCGUGAUUACAAUUGCGCACAAGGUGGAGGCGGUGACGGAUGCGGACUUUGAGAUUGUGCUGGACAAGGGGAGGGUGAUAAAGGCUGGGAGGAGAGUGUCUAAGUCAUAG